AUGGCGAUACCUCGUCGAAUUAUUGUCGUUGCGUCGUCCAUAACCCUAAUUGUCAUCAUUACCAUCUCCCUAAUCACAUCACUCGAAAUCCGCGCGCAGCAGGUGCCGCGAAGACUCGUUCAACUAUCGAAUGCGCAACUUGCAAAAGACGGAAAGCUUGGAGCACAGGCGCAGGCGCAAGCUCAGCAAGCGGGUGCUGCGAUCAAUGGAAGCGCUUUCGACCGCGGCGACAUUCUUAGCGGAACAUCCACAGUUGCCGCUGACAAGACUGCGACAUGGGUUGUGACAGGCCGUCCAACCAUUAUAUCGAGUGAUGAAGGCAUGAUCGGAGCCACGGCGAUUGCCCAGCCAACAUCAUCGGUCGACGAAGGGUUCAUUGGCGAGACUACCGGAUCAUCGAAACCGACACCGACCGCUCGACCGCCGCCAUCUCAACCUCAAGUACCUAUCGUUGCGAUGUCGUAUGCUGGCGAUGGAGGUCCAAAGCAUUGUCGCGGCGAGCUCUUGCAGAGGCUGAACCUACCAAGACCUGCAAGUAGUUGGCUGAAUGGGACUUGCGUGGACCUGCCUGCUCAUGCGCGCUGCGGUGUCUUCUAUUCUGCGAAAGGUGACAAUUGUGAGGCACAGCUUUUCACAAUGGAAGCCUGCUACAAUACGACUGAGACGUAUGUGAAUACAGUGGUCUUUAUGCCAGAAGAACGACCGGUUGGCGCCAUGUGGAAGAGCAUGUUCAUCCGAUGUGGCCUCACCGUACCGGAACCGGCAUUGAUUGAUCCCAGCAUUCUUGGGGGUGCGCUAAAGAAGCCCGGCGGAGGUUGA